AUGGGUGUUGGCAUAUUUAUGAGAAACUAUUUUAAAUUCAAGCCACAUAGUGAAUGGGAUUUCAAAUCUUUCUGUUCUUUUAUGAAAAUACUUGGAUAUGAUGAUUAUAGUGAAAUAAAUAUUCAUUAUAAAAGACAAAUAGGAAAUAUUAUAAAAGAUGAAAAUGAAAGUGAUGCCAACAAAAGUGCUGCACAAGAAUUUAAAAAAGUUAAAGCACUAUCAAAAAUUGAUUCAAAUGCUUUUUUAAAUAGCCAUGGAAAGUCAAAAGAUGGUAAAAAAAUAUUAGAAAGACUUUGGCAGGUCGAAUUAUAUUGUGCAUUAAAAGAACAUUUGUAUGAAAAAGCAAAUAUUUCAUUAGAAGUAGGAAGAAUGUAUUGUGAUGAUGGAAUAAUUGACCUUUAUAUUCCAAAGAUGAAGGAACACUAUAACAGAUUCAAAGAAGAUGGCAAGUACUCUCUAAUACCAAUGAAAGAUUAUAUCAUCUUAGAUAUAAGACAAACAGUGAUGGCAAAAAAACUUUAUCCUAAAACAUGGUAUGUUGUACCAAACAAUAAUUUUACAAUUUUAACAAUUUUAGAAAAAGGCGAUAAUUUAGAUAGUAUGUGA